AUGGCAGUCAACUUGGAGCGCUUGCCAGCCUCAUCCACCGGUUCUCGCGGUUCAAGGGGACAGCUUGUCCAAGCAGGCUGCUCACCCGGACUCUUGCUCCCCAGCUGUGCCCCUGGCUCGCCUUCAUCAUUCCGGACACCUGGGCUCCGGGCUCCGGAGGCAAGGGCGCAGCCCCGCUCGCCCACGUCCCCGAGGCUCGGCAUCCGGCACCCGCGGCCAGACAAGGCCCACUCGGCCCUCGCCCUGGAGGCCUUCGGGAGCCCGGCUACCGGGCACACCGGCCGCCUGUGGGGGGAGCUGCGGCAGUUCUGGACGGACCAUUUCUCGCGGCGCUUCUCGCCACGGCGGCCGCCGCUGCGCCGCAUCUCCUCCAUGUCCACCUUCUACCUGCUGGACCACCGGACGCGCCAGACCGAGCUGGGCCUCAGCUACGGGGCGCCGCGCACGCGCCUGAGCAACGAGGCCUUCGUGUUCCGCGGCGGCCGGUGGACCGCCGAGGGGCUGCCGGUGCGGUCGCAGGCGCCGCUGCCCUCGCCGACCAUCUCGAUGGGCUGGAAGGCGCCGGUGCAGCGGGUCAAGAGCCAGGUGCUGCUGGAGGAGAACAACUACCUGAAGCUGCAGCAGGAACUGCUUAUGGACAUGCUGACCGAGACCACGGCGCGCAUGCACCUGCUGGAGAAGAAGCUCGACUCCGAGGCCAGCCCGGCUGCCGCGGCGCGCGCCUGGCAGAGGAAGAUGCGCAAGCGCGAGGGCGCCCCCGGCGUGCUCAUGAUCCAGCCGCGCGCUCUGGAGUCGCGGUGA